UUUAGAUUUUUUUCUUGUAAAAAAUGCUGAUUUCGAUUCUUCUUGAACUGUGUAUCAAAAUAGGAUCCAUUCCUAGUUAUCCGUACGCGACUCUGGACAGGUUUUCGCUAGUGUUCCCCCUUACCAUUCUGAGAGUCUGUUGUAAAAGAACGCACUUUAAUCCUUGUAUUAAAGCGCGGCACACAAAGGACAUAAAGGAAUUAUUAUGCCAAAGCAGUAUCUUUAGGGCUGGUACAAAUGAGCUUUUACAAUUGCUACAUAGGUACCAGAUAUGUUGAGGGCCACCUAAGAAAGUGUUGUGUUCUUCAGCAGCACAUCGGGUUGAUUUUCAGAGUCAGAAUCGUCGGGUUAGCGCCCUAACUCCUGGUGGUGCUGUUGUUCUAGUUUUUCCUCAUGAGCUUGCUUUGAGCAUUUGCUGGUCGUAUCACGAAAAAUUCUUACUCAAGAAGUUGCAUUACUUGUGGCCCAGAAAUACUACAGAAAAUUAAACUACCAGAGCCCUCCACCUGGCUUUUUAGUGCUUAAGAGCGUCUCAUUGGCACUUACUGUCCAGAUUGGUCCUCGUUCUCCUGUUUGUGCAUGAGAACUGUUUUCACUUUGACUAAAACUAAGAGAUAAAGUUGCAUUUAAAAAUCUAAGUUGUUUGCAGGAUGAAGCGAGGAAGAGAUAGUGACCAUAAUUCUUCUGAAGAGAGUACUACAGAAAAAUCGAAGAAAAUGAGGACUACAAAUGAGCAUUCUCAGACGUGUGACUGGGGAAAUCUCCUUCAGGACAUUAUUCUCCAAGUAUUUAAAUAUUUGCCUCUUCUUGACCGGGCUCAUGCCUCACAAGUUUGCCGCAGCUGGAAUCAGGUAUUUCACAUGCCUGACUUGUGGAGAUGUUUUGAAUUUGAACUGAAUCAGCCAGCUACAUCAUAUUUGAAAGCUACACAUCCAGAGUUGAUCAAACAGAUCAUUAAAAGACAUUCAAACCAUCUACAGUAUGUCAGCUUCAAGGUGGACAGCAGCAAAGAAUCAGCUGAAGCAGCUUGUGAUAUAUUAUCACAGCUUGUGAAUUGCUCUUUAAAAACACUUGGACUUAUUUCAACUGCUCGGCCAAGCUUUAUGGACUUACCAAAGUCUCACUUUAUCUCUGCACUGACAGUUGUGUUUGUAAACUCCAAAUCCCUGUCCUCGCUUAAGAUAGAUGAUACUCCAGUAGAUGAUCCAUCCCUCAAAGUACUAGUGGCCAACAACAGUGAUACUCUGAAGUUGCUAAAAAUGAGCAGCUGUCCUCAUGUUUCUCCAGCAGGUAUUCUUUGUGUGGCUGAUCAGUGUCAUGGCUUACGAGAACUGGCUCUGAACUACCACUUACUAAGUGAUGAAUUGCUACUUGCUCUGUCUUCUGAAAAACAUGUUCGAUUAGAACAUUUGCGUAUUGAUGUAGUCAGUGAGAAUCCUGGACAGACACACUUCCAUACUAUACAGAAGAGCAGUUGGGAUGCUUUCAUCAAACAUUCACCGAAAGUGAACUUAGUUAUGUAUUUUUUUUUAUAUGAAGAGGAAUUUGACCCAUUCUUUCGUUAUGAAAUACCUGCGACUCAUCUUUACUUUGGGAGAUCAGUAAGCAAAGAUGUGCUUGGCCGUGUGGGAAUGACAUGCCCUAGACUAGUUGAACUAGUAGUGUGCGCUAAUGGAUUACGGCCACUUGAUGAAGAGUUAAUUCGCAUUGCAGAACGUUGUAAAAACUUGUCAGCUAUUGGACUAGGGGAAUGUGAAGUCUCAUGUAGUGCCUUUGUUGAGUUUGUGAAGAUGUGUGGUGGCCGUUUGUCUCAGUUGUCCAUUAUGGAAGAAGUACUAAUUCCUGACCAAAAGUAUAGUUUGGAACAGAUUCAUUGGGAGGUGUCUAAGCACCUUGGAAGGGUGUGGUUUCCAGACAUGAUGCCCACUUGGUAAGGAUGAAGUUAUAUAGGGCAUGUCAGAUAGUACCUUAACUUCAAGCAAAUACAUUGUAAUAAAAUUUUAUUUGCUGUAGUUCUGAUAUAAUUCUAUUUUGAGGCACCAGAAUUUGCUAUUUCCAAUGAAUAUAUAUAAGGAUAGUUUAUUGGAAGACAUAAUGACUCAGUCUAGGCCAGAAAACACCAUUUGUUUGUUUAGCUUAGUAGCGAUCAAAUGUCUGAAAAGUAAAAGAAAAAGGUGAUUUCAUAUUUUAAAAUAGUUAUAGAGACUAAACAGUUCAUAGUCUGAUGGAAACAAAAAACCUAUAUAAUAUCCAAUAAGUGAAUGCCAAUAGGUUUCUUGAAAUGUUAUGUUCUCUAUGCAUUUUUUUAAAAAUGUAAACUUGACAUUUUUAGGGUCUUCAGUUAUACAUACACCUGUUAUAAGGUGUUUAAUAUAGCUCAGGAAAGUGAGCAUUUUGUGAGAAAAAUGUAGGAUAUACAGUGUCAUAUGUAAUGAAAAAAAUGGUUGAAUGUUCACAGAUGUUAUAAGCCUGUUUAAAACAAGAGAUAUUACAUGUCAGUAAUUGGAACACUUAGAAAACUGAUAAAUGUGACACAGUGAUUGCAGAAGGACAAUACAUACAGCCAAGAUCAAAUUAAAAUAAAUGGAGCAGAAGGGAGGCAGUUAGCUUUGUAUAAACUUUUAGACUUCAUCUAUAAUCUGCUCAACUGUGUAAGUUCUUUUUUGUGAUAUGUGUGUGGCACUUGAGACAUUGUAAGUGAGGAAUGCCUUACCAGUUCUCCUUGGUUAUAGCUUUGUUUAAACUAGUUUUUAAGUAUUAUUAAAUAAUUGAAAUGAAAAACUUAUUUACUUCAAAAAAGCCAAAUUAAAAUAAUUUAAAAUAGAAUUUUUAAAUGUUUAUAAAGUGUUUCCAUAAAAGAAUAUUAGUCUUCAGUGAAUUUUAGUGAUGGUUCAUUUUUCCAUUUUUGAGUUAUUAUAUAGUCAUGCAUUUUUAAAUCAUAAAGAAUUUUAAAAGGAGUACCAGUGUACAGUUCAGCUAAACACUACAAGAGAUAUUUAAGUUCAUAAUCAUAUUUUUGAGUAAAUAUUGCUCUAUGAACUGGAAAAUUAUUUAAUAGAAAAAUAUCUGUAGUUUGUGGUCAAUUUGGUUAAGCUGAUUAUUUUUAUUUAAGUAGUGUUUUAUAUUACUUUCUUAUAAAUAAAGGUAAACCCAUGCACUAUAGAACAUGUAAAAAAUAUUAAGUUUUGGGCUAUAUUUAAUUGGGAUUGUUUUUUGGUUUUUCUUUUCUUUAGAUAGUAUGUAAACACUAGUGCUAUUAGAUAGUACUUUUCUAAGGAAAAUUAGAAGUGACUUAACCCAAUGGACAUACUAAUGCUUGAAAUGACUCUCACUAGUGUAACUUUUAGGAGGUACCUUGGUAGUUAUGGGAGCUAAGUAGCAAUCUAAAAAUAGAUGACCUUUCUAAAAAA